AUGGCAGCAUCAAAAGGGGCCCGAAGCUCAUCCAAAAAGAGCAACAAUGCCAACCUUCGACAGCGACCAACAACGAUCAACGGCACACCAAGCUCUCUAGAAGCGGAAACAUCCGACUUGCUCGAAACACGGCAGCACACCGCUACCGGUAAAGAUGCCAUCCUCAACCCAACAUCAACUCCCAUCGAUGAAAAGAGCGGCAUUGCAGUCACUGAGAAGCAGGCGAACGAAGAAGCUUCCGGAUUCAUGGACCUUUCACCGAAAGACCGAAAAGCUAUGAUCCUGCUGGUGAUCCUCUAUCUGCUGCAAGGUGUUCCGGUCGGCCUUGCAUUCGGUACUAUGCCUAUCUUGCUCAAAUCAAAGUUGAGCUAUGGCGAUAUUGGCUUCUUCAUGCUCUGCACCUAUCCUUACUCGUUGAAACUCUUUUGGAGUCCCAUUGUCGAUUCGACCUUUGUCAACGAGCUGCAACUCCCCCUUAUUGGCAAGAUCUCGCUCGGUCGCAGGAAGAGCUGGAUCGUGCCCAUCCAGACCAUCGUCGGUAUUAUGUUCUGGUACCUCUCCAGCAACGUUGACCAUCUUCUAUUGGCAGAUCUACCCAACGUCAAGCUCAUCACCCUCAUCUUUUUCGUUCUUAUCCUCUUCGCCGCGACACAAGACAUUGCCGUUGAUGGGUGGGCAUUGACCUUGCUCUCCCAAGAGAACCUCUCAUACGCCAGUACUGCACAAACGGUGGGCCUCAAUUCGGGAUACUUCCUCAGCUUCACCGUCUUCCUAGCAUUCAACUCUGUCGAGUUCAGCAACAAGUACUUCCGCUCUACAGCGCUCGAUUAUCCCUUGCUAUCGCUUUCCGCGUACAUGCGGUUCUGGGCUGUCGGCUUCUUGUUCGUCACCGCAUGGCUUGUCGUGUUCGAAAAGGAAGAUGCAGAAAGCCAAGAUUCGCCAGACAUGGACGUCAAACAGGUCUACUCGAUCAUGUGGCGCAUUUGUCGGCUCAAGCAUGUCCAAACGUUCAUCCUGAUCCACUUUGUCGCCAAGAUCGGUUUCCAAGCUAACGAGGCCGUCACUGGUUUGAAGCUCGUCGAGAAGGGAUUCGGGAAAGAGGAUCUGGCGUUGGCAGUGCUGAUCGAUUUCCCAUUCCAACUCAUUUUUGGGUACCUUGCCGCCAGGUGGAGUAAAGGCGAUAAAGCACUCCAGCCUUGGGUUGUCGCAUUCUUCUUCAGGCUGGGUUUCGCCGUGCUGUCAAUGGCAAUCGUACACGGAAUGCCAAAAGCAGGGAUCGGAGCGGGAUACUUCUUCGUCGUAAUCGCAAGCACCGUUGCAGGCAGCUUUGCAUCAACAGUCCAAUUCGUCGGUAUCUCUGCAUUCCACACCCAAAUCGCAGACCCUCUUAUCGGCGGAACAUACAUGACUCUCCUCAAUACAGUCUCCAAUCUCGGCGGCACUUGGCCUAGAUAUUUCGUUCUCAAAGCAGUGGAUCUUUUCACCAUCUCCAGCUGCCAGCCACCAUCCAGCGCAAGUCUGUUGAAAGAUCCCGAGAUCGCAAAGUUGUGGGCGACUGCAUCGAAGGGGAUUGGAGGGAAUGAGUGUACGUCGGAUUUGGGCAAAGCAGCGUGCUCGGCUGCAGGAGGCGAGUGCUAUAUUGAAAGGGACGGGUAUUAUUGGACUUCAACACUGUGCGUCUUGGUUGGAACGGUGUUGUUGGUGACAUUCAUUAUUCCAGCUUGUAGAAAGUUGCAAGCUUUGCCGGCGAGCGCCUGGAGAGUCAAUUUGCACAAGGAACAAUAG